AAAUGCCUCCAAGGCUGGGGACUCCACCUCUCCCCUAGGCAGCCAGUUCCAGUGCUUGACCACACUCCCUGUAAAGAAAUCCUUCCUGGUAUUAAAUCUAGCCCUCCUCUGGCACAACUGGAGAAUGUCUGAGCUGCGCUUAGGGAUCCAGAGGACACCCUGGCCCAGGCAGUGGACAAGGUACCUGGGAGGUGGCCAGAGCAGAGGCAGCAGGCAUCUCUGUGUGUUCCCUUGCAGGUGUCCCCAUGAGCGCAAUCUUGCAGAUGACAGCGUUUGGUCUCACUCUCCUCUCAGCCCUAUUCCUCCUUCUUGCUACAUGCACUGACUGCUGGAUGGUGAACGCUGAUGACAGCUUGGAGGUGAGUCACAAGUGCCGGGGGCUUUGGAGGGAAUGUGUCACCAACAUGCAGGAUGGGGUGAGGACCUGUGACCAGUAUGACUCCAUUUUGGCAGACCAUCCAGUGAAGAUUGUGGUGACACGAACGCUGCUGAUCACAGCGGACCUCCUGGUGGGCCUGGCUUUGGCUACUUUGCUCCUUGGGCUCGACUGCAUCAAGUUCCUCAAGGAAGAACCUCAUGUCAAACUGAAGUUGUGCUACGGGGCUGGUGUCAUCCUCGGCAUCGGGAGUAUCCUGGGUCUCGUGGGCUCUGUGUGGUAUGCAGUGGAUGUCUACGUGGAGAGGGCCAUGCUGGUGUCCCACAGUCUCUUCCUGGGGGUCCACUACGACUUUGGGUGGUCCUGCUGGCUGGGGAUGGCCGGCUCAACGGGCUGCUUCAUGGCGUCCGUCCUGCUCACCUGCUGCCUCCAUGCCCACUCAGCCCCCAGCAGCCCCCAGGGACCCCAGCGCCUCGCCCAGCACCGAGCUGUCACCAGCAAGAUGUACACCAUGAACUCCCGUGUGUGA